CGUAUUUAAAGGCGCCAACAAAGACUAACUCAGGAACAGCUUCACAAACCUGCCAUCUGUACUCACAUCAUCCAACAGCACACUACAGCUUAGUUAACGCAUUAAAAUGCCCGAGGAAACAGCAGCUGCUUCAACUGCCGAAAGUAUGGAAGAGAAACCUUGCUCGUCAAGCGCUGCAGACAGCUCCGUCGAUGUUUCUGAGGAAGCAAAGAAGCUGAUUGGCACAGGCAACCGGCACUUGGUGAUGGGUGAUGUUGUGUCUGCAGUGAGUGUGUUCCAGGAGGCUUGUGCCAUGCUAGCUGAAAAGUAUGGAGACACUGCUGAUGAAUGUGGUGAAGCUUUUUUCUUGUGUGGGAAAGCCCUUCUGGAGCUUGCCAGGAUGGAGAAUACAGUGCUUGGUAAUGCUUUAGAGGGAGUCCCAGAAGAAUCCUCUGAAGAGGGUGAGAAACAGAAUGACUCCAAGAUUGAAAGCGCAGACAACUUGGAUGAGAAAACCAGAGAUGAGCUUCGAGCACAGGUUUAUGAUGCCAUGACAGAGGACAAAACUUGGUCUGAGGUAGAAAAAGAGGUGGGGGAAGGUGAGCAGAAGAACCAAGAGGAAGUUAAGGAGAAGCAGGAGAAGGUUGAAGCACCAAAGGAAGGGGAUGCAGCAUCACAAAAAACUGAGAAACCAGCUGAACACAAGGCAAAACCUGCUGAAAAUGAGAAACUAGCCGAACUUGAAGCAAAACCUGCUCAAGAUGAGGAGAAACAAGCUGAACAUGAGGUGAAACCUGCUGAAAAUGAGAAGCAAGCUGAACAUGAAGCAAAACCUGCUCAAGAUGAGGAGAAACAAGCUGAACAUGAGGUGAAACCUGCUGAAAAUGAGAAACUAGCUGAACAUGAAGCAAAACCUGCUCAAGAUGAGGAGAAACGAGCUGAACAUGAGGUGAAACCUGCUGAAAAAGAUAAACAAGCUGAACAUGAGGUGAAACCUGCUGAAAAAGAUGCUGAGAAGUCAGAAGGUGUGGAUAAAAGUGGUUCUAUAAAGGAAGAUGUCACUGUGUCAAAUGGAGUAACUGAAAAGGCUGAAAAAGAUGAAAAGGUUGAGGAGAAAAAUGAAGAGACUGAAGAACCCAUGGAAGAGGGUGGAGGAGAUGACGACGAGGAGGAGGAGGAGGAGGAGGAUGAUGAUGAUGAUGAUGAGGAUGCAGAGGGUGAAACAAAGGAUAAGGAGAGUGAGGAGGAUGAAGUUGGAAACCUGCAGUUGGCCUGGGAGAUGCUUGAGGUUGCAAAGGUGAUUUAUAAAAGAAAAGACAGCACAGAAGAUCAGCUAAUGGCGGCACAGAUUUACCUGAAACUUGGGGAAGUUGGAGCUGAAUCAGGUAACUACAGCCAGGCUCUGGAUGACUUCAAUGAGUGUUUAACCUUGCAGCUGAAACACCUUCCCUCUCAUAGUCGUCUUCUGGCUGAGACUCAUUACCAGCUGGGCACAACUUACAGCUACACAGCCCAGUACAGCCAAGCCAUUGAGCACUUCUCCAACUCUAUCAAAGUCAUCGAGAGCCGUCUUGCUAUGCUUCAGGAGGUAAUAGACAAGGCGGAAGGUGCAAAGGAGAAGAGUGAGCUUGAGGAGUUGAAACAGUUACUGCCAGAAAUCACUGAGAAGAUUGAAGAUGCCAAGGAGGGCCAGAGGACGGCUGCUGCAGCAUCUGAGGCCAUCCAUCAGACUCUUGCAGGAGCAUCCACUUCAUCAGCAUUCCCUGCUGAAAAUGGCAGCCCAUCCUCAUCUACUGCUAGUCAGAUUCCUGUGAGGCCAGCUGAUGGUGCGUCUUCCUCAAAAUCUGCAUCGGACAUUUCUCACCUUGUUCGCAAAAAGAGGAAACCAGACGAGGAGAGUCCAAAAAAGGACAGUGAUGCUAAAAAGACUAAACAGGAGACCUCAGUUAAUGGCAGCGGUGACUCCGCCCACAACGGCAAUGGAGUCCAGGAGAAAAUGGAGCAGGAGCCAGCCAGUUCUUCCUCUGUGGAGAUGUCAGCAUGAUGGGCAUCUUUUGAUUAAACACUUACCUUCCAACCAGCAGAGCAUGCCUGCCUCAUCUACUCUCCAUGAACAACUUUUGUCUCUUCGUUUUGUAAAUAACCCGUUUUCUUUGUCUGUCCAAUUUUUGUAUAAUUGUAGUAAACUUUCAAUAAAGGAUAUUUGCAUAUGUGAA